AUGUCAAGCACCGCAGACGCCGUUAUCGAGAAGCUACCUUCCAAAGCGGAGCUCAAAGAAGAUGCUAAAGUGGCGACCAAGUCUUCGCUUCAGUCGCUACGAGCGCUGAUAGCUGGAGGCGUGGGAGGUGUUUGCGCCGUCAUCGUGGGACACCCCUUCGACCUGGUGAAGGUGCGCAUGCAAACAGCGGAGAAGGGCGUAUACAGCGGAGCUAUGGACGUUGUGAAGAAGACAAUAGCAAAGGAAGGUGUGGCUAGGGGUCUAUAUGCGGGUGUUUCUGCGCCUCUUGUCGGUGUUACACCAAUGUUUGCCGUCUCAUUUUGGGGCUACGAUCUCGGCAAGCAGCUUGUAUCUAGUGUCUCAAAGGUUGAGAACAACCAGUACAGCGUCGCUCAGGUCUCCGCCGCCGGCUUCUUCAGCGCAAUCCCCAUGACAAUCAUUACCGCACCCUUUGAGCGCGUGAAAGUGCUUCUACAGAUCCAAGGUCAAAAACAGCUGGCACCUGGUGAGAAGCCCAAAUACUCUGGCGGACUCGAUGUUGUGCGGCAACUCUACAAGGAGGGUGGUAUCCGCUCAGUCUACCGUGGUUCUGCCAUGACACUGGCGCGUGAUGGACCAGGCUCAGCUCUGUAUUUCGCGACAUACGAAAUUGUCAAGCGCAACCUCACACCAAAGGAUCCAGUUACAGGGCAGCCUGGUUCAUUGAGUAUGGGUGCCGUAAUGGUCGCUGGUGGUGCUGCAGGUAUUGCCAUGUGGAUACCAGUGUUCCCAGUUGACACCAUCAAGUCCCGCCUGCAAAGUGCAGAAGGCCGACCAACAAUUAGCGGAACUAUCAAAGGCAUUCACGCAAGUGGUGGCCUCAAAGCUUUCUUCCCUGGUAUCGGACCCGCCAUGGCACGAGCAGUACCUGCAAAUGCGGCUACAUUUGCUGGCGUAGAGCUGGCACAGAAAGCAAUGACGAAGAUGUUCGACCAAGACGUCGAAUGA